ACUAACUUGUAGUCUACCUUUUGGCUUUUACUCUCACUCUCUCUCUCUCUCUGCACUAACUCUCACACCCCAACUCUCUCUCUAGCUCUAGGUUGUGGAAAAUCUUGGAGCUUCAUUCGUUGGACUUUGUGCACUAACUCGAAGCUCUAACCGGAGAGAUCAGAUCUGCGUAACUGCGUUCGCAUUGUUGUUGAGCUAUGCGAUAGAUACCACUGGUUUUCGUUGUCAAAAUGUCGAACUCCGACCCGAAAACCCGCGAACGUCCAGGUCCGUGGCCGCCGGUGCCGGAGUCAUCUGCAAUGCCGCCUUCUUCGUGGGCCAAGCGGACCGGGUUCCGGCCAAAGUUCUCCGGCGAGACCAAUGCCAGCGAUUCCGGCCAGGUUGUAGCUCCUUCGCCUCAACCGCCGCAGCCAAAGGCCAGAGAGCCCGACACGGCGCAGCCGGAUCUCGAAGCGGGUCGGCCUCGGGCCGUGAACGGUGAGCGGGAGAGCGAGAAGGUUGUUCCGACCCCGCCGCAGACGGAUAAGGAUCGGACGGUGAAGAAACGGAGGGACUCGGAUGGGCCGCCGAAGAGCUCGGGCCAGAACGGUCAGGCCCAGGGCGGGCCCACGGACCAGGCGUCGCGGAGGCCGGUGAGGAGCGAGGAAGUGGUUGAUGUGUUGCCACAGAGUGUGGAUGAUGAUGAUUUUGUGGGUAGGCACGCGCAUAUGAAGUAUGAGCUCAGAGAUAGCCCUGGUCUUGUUCCCAUUGGUCUAUAUGGGUUCCAGCAUUAUAUUUCGAUUUUGGGUUCGUUGAUUCUCAUUCCGCUGGUAAUUGUUCCUGCAAUGGGUGGAACUUAUGAGGAUACUUCAAAUGUGGUAUCAACGGUGCUCUUUGUGUCGGGAGUAACCACACUUCUGCAUACGUCUUUUGGGUCAAGGUUGCCCUUGAUACAGGGUCCAUCGUUUGUUUUCCUGGCUCCUGUGUUGGCAAUAAUCAAUUCCCCAGAGUUUCAAGGAGUCAAUGGAAAUAAAUUUAAGCAUAUUAUGAAGGAGCUACAGGGGGCUAUAAUCAUAGGUUCAGCUUUUCAAGCAAUACUUGGAUAUAGUGGACUUAUGUCUGUAUUAUUGAGGUUGAUCAAUCCAGUUGUUGUGUCCCCAACUAUUGCUGCUGUUGGACUUUCUUUUUUUAGCUAUGGUUUCCCACUAGUUGGUACCUGUCUUGAGAUUGGAUCAGUGCAGAUAUUACUAGUUAUUAUUUUUUCUCUUUAUCUUCGAAAGAUAUCUGUUUUUGGUCAUCGUGUAUUUCUAAUAUAUGCGGUUCCACUGGGCCUGGCAAUCACAUGGGCAGCUGCUUUCCUUCUAACUGAAGCUGGAGUCUAUAAUUACAAAGGUUGUGAUGUAAAUGUACCUGCCUCAAACAUAAUAUCUGAUAACUGCAGAAAGCAUGUCUCAAGGAUGAAGCAUUGCCGAGUUGAUACUUCUCACGCAUUAAAAUCUUCCCCAUGGUUCAGAUUUCCUUAUCCAUUACAAUGGGGUACUCCUGUCUUCCACUGGAAAAUGGCUCUUGUUAUGUGUGUGGUGUCUAUUAUCUCAUCAGUGGAUUCGAUCGGGUCAUACCAUGCAUCUUCAUUGUUGGUGGCAUCAAGACCUCCCACCCCAGGUGUUGUUAGCCGAGGGAUUGGUCUGGAAGGUCUUUCCAGUGUCUUGGCUGGUCUUUGGGGUACAGGAACAGGGUCCACCUCUCUAACUGAAAAUGUACACACCAUUGCUGUGACCAAAAUGGGAAGCCGCAGAGCGGUUGUAUUUGGUGCAUGCUUUCUGAUAGCCUUAUCCCUUGUAGGUAAAGUUGGAGGAUUUAUAGCGUCAAUUCCUGAAGUCAUGGUGGCUGCUUUAUUGUGCUUCAUGUGGGCAAUGCUUACGGCAUUAGGCUUGUCAAAUCUACGUUAUAGUGAGGCUGGAAGCUCUCGGAAUAUUAUCAUAGUCGGAUUAGCUUUGUUUUUCUCUCUUUCAAUACCAGCUUACUUUCAGCAAUAUGGCAUCUCUCCAAAUACCAACUUCUCCGUCCCAAGUUAUUUUCAGCCUUACAUUGUGGCAUCUCAUGGGCCUUUCCGCAGCAAAUAUGGAGGGGUGAACUAUGUCCUGAACACAUUACUGUCAUUACACAUGGUGGUUGCGUUCCUUGUUGCAGUUAUUCUGGACAAUACUGUGCCGGGUAGUCGGCAAGAACGCGGGGUGUAUGUUUGGUCUGAAACCGACGCUGCAAGGAGGGAACCUGCUGUCACGAAGGACUAUGAGUUACCCUUCAGAGUUGGUCGGGUUUUUAGAUGGGUGAAAUGGGUUGGACUAUGAGGGGCAGGCAAGCUUUUUUGGUCGGAGGUAGUUGGUCACUGUCAUGCAGAGUUCAUUAUCAGGGAAUGGUUAUACUGCUUUGUGAUUCUAAAACUAAGUCCCUUGGGCUCGUGUGGUAUAAAGUAUCAUUCUGAAAUCUGAUUUUCCUGCACGGUGAGACUUAUUGGGACUUUAGGUCUUAUAGAGAUAUUUUUGUACAUUUCAGGAUCCAGAGCGAUCAGUUUGUGUUGUAAUUUUAGCUCAUAAACAAUGUAUCUAGUUUUGAGUCAUUGAGAAUAUCCACUUUUGACUUUCUUUUU